AUGUCGGUCGUUUCUCUUCUUGGCGUGAAAAUCGUCAAUAACCCUGCCUCUUUCCUCGACCCCUAUCAAUUCGAGAUCACGUUUGAAUGUCUUGAACAGCUGCAGAAAGAUCUGGAGUGGAAGCUCACCUAUGUCGGUUCAGCGACAUCCUCCGAGUAUGACCAGGAACUCGACUCUCUCCUGGUGGGACCGAUCCCCGUCGGUGUCAACAAGUUCAUCUUCGAGGCCGAUCCCCCAGACCUCAAGCGCAUCCCUACUUCCGAAAUUCUGGGAGUUACCGUGAUCCUUCUCACUUGCAGCUACGACGGCAGAGAAUUCGUCCGUGUUGGCUACUAUGUAAACAAUGAAUACGAUUCCGAGGAGCUCAUGGAGCAGCCGCCGGCUCGGCCGAUCAUCGAGCGCAUUCGUCGGAAUAUCCUUGCUGAGAAGCCCAGAGUAACCCGCUUUGCCAUCAAGUGGGACUCGGAGGAAUCUGCCCCCGCUGAAUACCCGCCGGACCAGCCCGAAGCCGACCAGGAGGGCGAUGACAGUGCUGCCUACGGUGCAGAGGAAGCAGAGCUGGAAGCAGCUCUCUUCAAGGAGCUCAACGAUCUGGAGCCCAAGACCGAAGACCAAGAGAUGGAGGGUACCGAGGGCCCUGCCGCCAAGGAGGAAGAGGAGGAAGACAUCUCGGACGCCGAGUCCGAGGACAUCGAAGAUGAGAGCGACGAAGAUGAGGAGGAGCUCGACGAGGAAGAGGGCGACGAUGGCGAUGAGGACGUCGAGAUGGGUGAUGAUUCCGAGCAGAAGGAUGAAUCCGCCGGAGGUGCCAGCAACAACAAUCCCGCGGCCCAUCAACAACAGCCCGAGCUGAUGGUGCACUAA